AUGGAGCCCAAAACGGUACUCAAGCUCGGUGAGCUUACGACCAACCAGCGUGGCGGCAAGUUCUUCCCGGUGUGCGCGGAGGCCUGGCGGUCCCACGAGUGGCUGCGCAUCUUGUGGCACCCCAGCCCCUACGGCAGCGAGACGGAAGCCCGGCGACUCCCCCUGUGUCUCGAGCAGAACGAGGCUGCCAAGGCAGACCUGCAGGCGAUCGAGAAGGACAUCAAGGGCCAGCUGACCCAGCGAUGCCUCCACGACUCUAAAAUCUUCGGCCGUUACCUCACCGCGUCGGACGUGGAGGGUCGCUUCGUGUCCUGCCUCAAGACCUCCUCCCGCGGGAACAGCUUCAUCAAGCUCAAGGUCGAUUUGUCCCGAGUCCACUUCUGGGACGCUGACCAGCAGCCGCUGGAGGAUCCUGGUGACCUGGCCGGUCGGGAAUGCAAGGUGCGCGCAGAUUUGCGCCAGGUAUGGCUUAUGUCGGGCCAGUGUGGAGUGCCUUGCGUGCUGCGUGCUGCCCCGCCUUGUAGCUAG